AUGCUCCAACUGGAGUUGCUUGGAGAACGGCUUGGGCUCCCCGGACGCAUCAUCACAAAGGCCGGCGACAACGUGACGCGCCUCGAAUCGGUCUCGAUCAUCUGUCGCCGCCUCUCCGAAUCAUCGAAGCUCCUCACAAUUGCCAACGAGUUUGGGCGCUCCCCUGCGGCAAUCAGUCGCAUCGUCAAGCACGUUGCUCGUUUACUCUAUGGGAUGCACAAGAGUACACUCUACUUCAACCGAAGGCUCAUCGCGUCCAGGAUUGGGUCGUACUGCAGUGCCGUAAACGAGAACGAUGCACCCUUGGCGAACGUACUAAGCAGUAUAUUGCACGCCCAACUCCAAGGUCUGAAUACAGUGAUCGCUACGAAAAUCUUCAGCGUUCGGUGUACAAAGGACAUCCGCGUCGACAUUGCCUCAACUGGCAAGCACUUACGACACCUGAUGGUAUUCUUCAAAGCGUUCAUAGCCCCGUCGAAGGUCGCCGACAUGACAGCACAGUUUUGA